GAGGAUCUUCACUUAGUUGCACCCUCUUAUGUUCUCUCCGUUUUUGUCUUCUGUUGGUGGUUGGACAUGAAAUUGCUGAAUGACUAUUAAAGCCAAUAUGUUUUGUGUCCCCUCAGGCCCGAUGGGAGGAAUGUGCCGUCACUUCAAAAUGGAUAGAAGCAUUGCUCUCCAAGCUGAGUUGUAGGAGCAAGCCUCUGAGCUGUUGCCCAGGGAUGGAAUCUGGUUACUACUCUGAGCUGGAGAGCCUGGCCUCGGCUCCCCUGUGCCUCUCAGAGACUCUUGGGCCUUACAGUGACGGGCUAGCCCAGAGAAACAGGCCAGGGAAAGGCAGAAGCGGCAGCUCCGGGCGCAGGAAGAGGGAGUUCAUCUCCGACGAGAAGAAAGAUGCCACUUACUGGGAGAAAAGGCGCAAGAACAACGAGGCCGCCAAGCGAUCGCGGGAGAAGAGGAGGAUCAGCGACCUGGUCUUGGAGAGUCAAGUGCUGGCACUCAACGAGGAGAACGUCAGGCUCAGAUCGGAGCUGCUGGCCCUGAAGCUGCGGUUUGGCCUCAUCACCACCGCGGGUUACGCGCCGAAGAGCCCCUACUACGGUGCGUACUCCAACGGCCCCGGCUCCCUCCUCCACUCCGACUCCUCAGAGGCCGAGCACUCGAGCCGAGGGAGCGGCUCCGCGGCCGGGAGCAAGUCUUCGCCCCGGGGCUCCCUCUCGGACAUUUCCGACGUGUCGUCAAGCGCCAGGGACAGCCCGGAGCCGGCGAUGCACCGGGACGAGUUGCAGGGCCCGCUGAAGGAGCCCGAGGGGGCGAGGGCCCGCGACGACCCGAUCGGUCACGCAGGCCCAGCGACGUGUAAGCCGGGGCCCCCCGCCGGCGCGGAGCAGCCUCGGGUUCACACCUCCCGGGCGGGGGGCACGUUCCCGUCCCCGCCCCCUUCCCCCGCCGAGCAUCAGCCUAACCAGGUAGGCCCCAGGGCCGGUUACACGCAGCUGGCCGUCCAGGGCGGGCUCGGGGAAGCGCCUCCCCCGCGCGCCCCCGACGGCGCGGACCCCGGGGCCCGCCGGGUCAAAGGUCACCCCCUCCCGGACACCGCUUCGGGGCCCCUCGCCGGGGCAGGGGCCGGCGCCCGCGGCCCUGAGGGCCACUCUCCCGCGCGCCGCCGCCUCCCGACCGAGAGGCGGGAGGGCAGCCCCCUCGGCCCGUGGCCGGCCGCCGGGCGCGGGGCCCGCGGCCUGGUGCGCGAUGCGGCGCCGCUGUGCGGCAGCCGGCCGCAGGAGCUCCGGCGCACGGCCCUCCCCCACAAGCUGCGCCUCAAGGUCCGGUCGAGCCCCGCCAGCGAGCAACGGAGCGCUCAGGGCCUCCCGGCUCAUCGGGAUCCCGCCCUCGGGGGGCACGGCGAAGACCUGUUGUGGGCAACAUCAUUCGAUAAAGAUAAUUGGGUGACGGACAGGGAGAACGAGGCAUCGAAGGUGAAGGAAGACAGGCGAAUGGGCGGAGUGAAGAACUGACUGAGGGAGCGAAUGAGAGAAAGAAGAAAUGGGCUGCUCUCCGAGUGAGACGAUACCCGAGAGAUGGAUGGGGGAAGGGCUGCAAAAUGGAGGGGAUGAGUGAGGGAAGGAGGGAAUGAGUGACUUGCUGAGGGAGGGAGAGAACAAGCAUUUGAGGGAGGGAAUACCUGAGGGACAGAGGGAGGGAAACCAGCCCUGCCUAAGGAUCCCAGGCUUACAGGAUAGGAAACGACAUUUUAGUCCCUAAAAUCCCAGAGAUUGCUGGAAGCUAACGUCAUAAAAUGGAUAAAAUAGCAGUCAGAAGGGGAGUAAUCAGAUAAUGAGACAGCGAGUGUACCAAGCAAAGUAGGUCAGAGCUCUCUGCCAGCUGUCUGCACUCAGAUAUCUUUAUACCAGCGCUAUUCAUGAAGAUGAACUUUACGUUUCCACAGUAACCAUUAGCAGCCCCCUUGUCACACAUUCCAAAACACUAAUUGGACUUUAGGCCACAAAGAAUGUGACCACAGAUCAUGGGAUAAAUGUCCGAGACAGGGCAGAGGCAAAUUCAGCUCAGAUUGGUCCAGGGCGGCUUGAGUUCAGCUGGCUGAAAAUAAAAAUGAUAGCACUAAGGCUGUGCAGAUAGACUAGGCCUCAGGUGGCCCCAACCAACACCCACCCCUUCCCACAAAGUGCCCUCAGUCAAUGUGCCACCAGUCUAUUGUCCAAACGGAAAUAAUGAAACAUCACGAUUCGGAGUGAAGUGGCUGCAGACUUGGGAAGGCUGACAGGCGGUUACUCCUGGCACGUUUAUUCACGCUCAAUCUGAAUACCGUGGAGAGCAUUUUAUGCCCUUCCUCCCCCUAGGCCACCGUCUGUCACACCCACACGAGCUAAUUGCCUCUUCACCAGGGUGUUGGUAUUUCUCUCAGCCUCAGUCUCUUGCUGAGGGCUAACACUAAUCGUGAACUAACUGCGAAAUUGCCACUUUAUCCCGAAUUCAGGCAACAAAGGAUAGUGACACAAGUGAUCCAAGAAGGAAUUAUUCAUCAAGGUGACAACUGACCUCAGUGAACUCCUCCACAGGGUUUUGUUCAGCAAAUAUUUCACAUUACAUAGGAUUUGCAGCACAGAAACAGCUCAAUAUCUGCAGGAGUCUCCUCCUGUUGUACUGUACAUCACUGAGCCAUCUAAGGUGCUGUAUAAAUGUAAAAUUUGUAUUAUAUGUCCUUGCUUUGCGAA